AUGGGUAACAAGUCAACCACUAAUAAAUAACCUGAAAAAAAUAAUGAAAAAGUGAAUAGUAAUAAUGAUUUGAAAAAAUCAGAUGAAAAAUCAUAUAAAUUAAAAAAAAUAGACGAAGAUAAAUGUGUUGUUAGGAUGUAAACAGGAUAAAAUGGAAUGGGAUUUGAAGACUUUGUUUAAGAACAAGAAAAUUAUUAACAAUUUUCUAAUAUUAUAGCUAAUGCUGUCAAAGUUAAGAAUGAAUGA